CAGUGCUGCACUGUAUCUCUAUAUACAAAGACUCCUCUCUCUCAUCUAUUUUCCCUCCAAACUCCUCCAUUCUCUCUCUCCUCUAUUCUCACUCUAUCUCUCCAAACUCCUUUCCACUAUGACAGAAGGGACAAUGGAACUGGGUGACAUGGGGACAUCCCUGAUGGCAUCAGACUCUAAGAAAGCACCGGUCCAGCCUCCCAACAAGUUUGAGCGCCUGGUCCAGCCGUGUCUGGCUGAGCUGGUGGGGACCAUGUUCUUUGUGUUCAUCGGCUGUGUGUCGGUCAUAGAGAACGUGGAGGCAGCAGGGCGGCUGCAGCCAGCUCUGGUCCAUGGUCUGGCUGUGGCAGUCAUGGUGGCGUGCAUGGCAGAGAUCAGCGGCUCCCAUUUUAACCCACCGUUUACCAUUGCUAUCUACCUGUGUGGAGGCAUGAAGCUGAAUAUGGUGGGGCCCUACCUCAUCAGUCAGCUCAUAGGGGGUGUGCUAGGUGCUUCCAUGUCAAAGCUGAUGACCACAACAGAGAACUACUCCAAGGCCCAGGGGGCAGCGUUUGCCCUGCUGCAAUCACAAGAUCAGCUGUGGGGGGCUCUGUUUGGGGAGAUAGCCAUGACCUGCCUGGUCACCAUGGUGGUGCUGCUGGGGGCGGUCAACGCCAAGAGUAGCAGCCCCAUGGUUCCCUUCAUGGUGGGCUGUACUGUCAUCAUCAACAUCCUGGCUGGUGGAGAUGUGUCUGGAACCUGUCUAAACCCGGCCAGAGCCCUGGGUCCUGCUAUAGUGGCCAACUACUGGACCUACCACUGGGUUUACUGGGUAGGACCCAUCACUGGUGGACUGGUGGCUGCUGCACUGGUUAGACUACUGCUUGGAGACCGGAAGACACGUAUUCUCAUGAAGUAAUACCACAUAUCGAGUUGACAGGUCUGAGAUUACCAUUGUUGUUACAUACAGUACCAGUCAAAAGUUUGGACACAGCUACUCACUCAAGGGUUUGUCUUUAUUUUUACUAUUUUCUA